AUGUCUACCUUCGGCUACAGGAGAGAACUUAGCAAAUACGAAUCCAUCGAUGAGGAUGAACUCCUGGCUUCCCUGUCAGCCGAGGAGCUGAAGGAGCUAGAGAGGGAGCUGGAAGAUAUUGAACCAGAUCACAGCCUUCCGGUGGGGAUGAGGCAAAAGAGCCUGACCGAGAAAACGCCCACGGGGACAUUCAGCAGAGAAGCACUGAUGGCCUACUGGGAAAAGGAGUCCCAGAAACUCUUGGAGAAGGAGAGGCUGGGGGAGUGUGGAAAGGUAGAAGAAGACAAAGAGGAGAGUGAGGAAGAGCUUAUCUUUACUGAAAGUAACAGUGAGGUCUCUGAAGAGGUGUAUACGGAAGAGGAGGACGAGGACGAGGACGAGGACGAGGAGGAAGAGGACCGCGAAGGAGAGGAAAAAAUAAUUGAAAACGAGAAAGGGAUGAAUGGAUCCGUACAUUACGGUAGUGUCAAUUCUGACAACUCGAGGCCAGAGACGUUUAAAAGCCAAAUUGAAAACAUACAUCUGACCAACGGCCACAGCGGAAGGAACACAGAGUCCCCGGCUGCCAUCCACCCCUGUGGAAACCCUACGGUGAUCGAGGAUGCUCUGGAAAAGAUGAAAAACAAUGACCCUGACACCACGGAAGUCAAUCUGAACAAUAUCGAGAACAUCACGUCGCAGACCCUCACCCGCUUCGCGGAGGCCCUCAAGGCCAACACGGUGGUGAAGACCUUCAGUCUGGCCAACACGCGCGCCGACGACAGCGUGGCCACCGCCAUUGCGGAAAUGCUGCGAGUCAACCGCCACAUCACCAGCGUCAACAUCGAGUCCAACUUCGUCACGGGCAAGGGCAUCCUGGCCAUCAUGAGGGCUCUGCAGCACAACAGCGUGCUCACCGAGCUGCGCUUCCACAACCAAAGGCACAUCAUGGGCAGCCAGGUGGAGAUGGAGAUCGUCAAGCUGCUGAAGGAGAACACCACGCUGCUGAGGCUGGGAUACCAUUUCGAGCUCCCAGGACCAAGAAUGAGCAUGACUAGCCUCUUGACCAGAAACAUGGAUAAACAGCGGCAGAAGCGGUUACAGGAGCAAAAGCAGCAGGAGGGGUACGAUGGGGGAGCCAACCUUAGGACCAAAGUCUGGCGAAGAGGGACGCCCGGCUCUUCACCUCACGCAUCCCCCAGGCACUCACCCCGCUCAUCCCCCAAACUCCCCAGGAAAGUCCAAAGCGUGAGGAGCCGGCCUCCGUCGCCGGUGGCCCCGCCCCCUCCUCCUCCGCCGCCGCCGCCGUCCCCGCCCCCUCUUCCUCCGCAAAAGCUGCCGCCGCCCCCUCCUCCGCCGCCACCGCCCCCUCCGCCCCCAGAGAAGCUCAUCACGCGGAACAUCGCAGAAGUCAUCAAACAGCAGGAGAGUGCCCAGCGGGCCUUACAAAAUGGACAGAAAAAGAAAAAAGGGAAAAAGGCUAAGAAACAGCCCAACAGUAGCCUAAAGGAAAUUAGAAAUUCCCUGAGGUCAGUGCAGGAGAAGAAAAUGGAAGACACUUCCCGACCUUCUACCCCACAGAGAUCAGCACAUGAGAAUCUCAUGGAAGCUAUUCGGGGCAGCAGCAUGAGACAGCUAAGGCGCGUGGAAGUUCCAGAAGCUCUGCGAUAAAACCCCGAUCUUUAGAAGACGAUGCAGAUUUAUUCAGUGGUAUUAGAUAAAAUGCAUUGUGAGAUGUUUCUAAAAUACCUUCUUCAAUUUGAAAUGUUCUCUGACUUUAAAAGUAGCCUCACCCAUUAAUUCCAAAGAGAAUUUGAAGAAACUAUCAGCAUGUUUCUUCUGUAAAUAUGAAAAUAAACUUCUUUUUUAUGUCAUGAGAUUUGUAUUGGCAAGAAGCAGUUUAUUUAAACAUGCUCUGGCUGUGUUGGUAAUU